UUAUGAACAGGAUAAUGAAAGAGGAAGAGGAGACAAUAAUCAGCAGCAACAACCUAACCUAUCUGUAAUGGUUGAAGGCAUCAGGCUCCAACAACCACAGCAGUCACCAAGAGCUCAACACCUCAACAAUGAAGGAGGCAGAGAAACAGCAAGUCUUCCAUCUCUUCAUAAUGAUGGUACACAUAAUCAUAAUUCACCUCGUUAUGAUCAUAAUUGUGAUCAUCAUAUUCCUGGUCAUCAAGAUCAUCGUAAUUUUGAUCAUGGUGAUCCUAAUUGUGAUCAACAAGUUCAUGAUUAUUAUAAUCGUGAUGAUCAAAAUUAUGAUCAACAAGGUUAUGGCCAUAAUCAUCAAGGUUAUAAUCGUGGUCAUCAAGAUUGGGCUCAUCAUGAUCCUCCUGGUCGUCAUGAUCAUUAUGAUCAUUCUCAGCGUCCACCUGAUCCUUCUUAUCCCAGAGAUCCUCGUCAAGGUCCCCCUCCUGGUCCUCCUCCUGAUCCUCAUCAUCAGUUCACUAUUGGGUCAAUGGUGUGUAUUGAUGUACAAAAAGGUGAUCCAUUGUAUGGUGUAGUACAGUGGAUAGGGACACUACCUGAUUACCCUGGAACAAUAGCUGGAGUGGAAUUGGAGAAAACGCUAAGUGGUGGUACUGAUGGUACAUGGCGUGAAAGAAGAUUCUUUACUUGUCCUUAUGGUAAUGGUUUCUUUUUCCCAGUGACAGCUCUUAGACAAGACACAAGAUAUAUGGAUGAAGGACAAGUACCAGCACAUUUGAGACAAGAUAUUUAUAACCCAUUAGCAAAGUAUGCACCAGUAACUGAAGAAAUUGACACUAUUGGUUCUCCUGAUCUAUUCAAAUUGUACAUUGGUGAUAGACCAUGUGGUAUUCAAGGUCAUCAUAAUUCAUGUUACCUUGAUUCCACUGUGUUUGGAUUAUUUGCACUAUCUGAUUCAUUUGAUGAGUUAAUAUUAGAAGAACCAACUGAAGAGGUUGGAAGAAAAGUUAAACAUUACCUUUGGAAAGGAAUUGUUAAUCCUUUGAGAAAGUAUGGAUUAGCAAGAUAUGAGUCAAUAAUGGACUUAAGAGAUAGUUUAGAAGAAUUUGGUAGAAUGAAAGGAGCCAAAACUGAUGAAAAAGAUCCUGAAGAGUUUCUUAAUCUUUUGUUUAAGGAGGUGCUUCACAUACCUCCAUUUCUCACUAUUAAACGUCCUUUUGGAAUUGAAAAGGAGUUUUUCAUUCAGCUGUUCUUUGAGAUUGAUCCUAAUAAUACUGAAGUACCUAAAACAGAGAAACUGAUAGCUCAAAUGUUUCAUGAACAAAACAUCUCAUUCACUAGAGUUCCUUCUAAACUGUUGCUUCAAAUGCCACGUUUUGGUGAAGAAUUCAAAAUGUACAGCAAGAUAAUUCCAUCACUGACACUUGAUGUAAAACCAUUAAUGGAUCCCAGUAAAAGAGGAGGUCAGAAAUGUAGACUCUGUCUAAGUGGUUCAGUAUCUUCUGUUUGUUACUCUUGUCCUAAGGAAUUAUUCAACACUGAUGAUCCUUAUGUUUAUUAUUGUUUUGAGUGUAACGAAAGUGUACAUGAAUCUCGUAAAGGUCAUCGUGUGGAAGCUGUAGAUAUCAAGCCAGGGUCUGCUGAUGUUGGACAGAUUUCAAAGAUGGAGUUGCUGUCAGUGAUAUGUAUUGAGACCAGUCAUUAUGUGUGCUACACUAGAUCAGGAGAUAAAUGGCUGUUUCAUGAUAGCAUGGCUGAUAGAUUACAUGAUAUGUACAAUGUUCCUAGAGUGGUUGAUGUUACUGCUGAGCUACAGGAGUGGAUCUAUUCCCCUACUGCUAGUGAGGAUCGACUGAUGAAUACUCCUGCUAGAGAUAUACCAGAAUAUGUUCGUAGAUUCACUCAAGAUAUUUACAUGUGUGUAUAUGUUAAUCCUGACCUUGAUAUUUUGUGUAAUGAUGGUAGCAAUGAGCCUGUAGAGUCAUUUUUUGAUUCUCCUGCUACUACUACACAAUUAUAUCAAGCCACUGAUUCUGUUAAAGAUGUACUUCAUAUGCGAGAAAAGAAAGAAGAUACAUAUGAAUCAAUCAUUGACCAGUUAUCGUUGAGUUUAGAGGAAUUUGAUGACAAGUCUCAUAUCAGUUUUACUAAAGAGAGCUUACACAAACUGCAGAAAGGGAAGCCUCAGUCUCUACAAGAUGCUAUUAAUCAGCAGCCACACUCGUUUGAAGGUAUCAUAGCCGUUCAUCAGCAGAUGCGUGCUGAUAUAACGUGGUAUAGUACCAGCUUUGAUCACAUCACUCAACACUGUGAAGAGCUGUUUGAUAAUCUGGAGGAAAGAAGAAGUAGCUUUAGACAAAAAGCAAGUCAAUUACAAGAAGUUUAUAAACAGGAUAUAGAUAAAAUGAAGGAAAUGAAUGGAAUUUUAACAUCUCGUCUUCGGUCUUAUCAAAAUUUACACAAUAGCCUGACAAAGGAAUAUCAACAGCUUUCAACGUCACAUGACACCCUCACAGCAAACCAUCAGAAGCUUUUGAAGUCACAUGACACUCUUGGGAAAUCACAUGAUAGCCUCAAAAAGGAACAGCAGGAGCUUCGGAAGUCAAAUGCAAUGCUCACAAUUUCUCAUGAGCAACUUCAAACAUCUCAUGAUAACCUCAAAGCUGCUCAUCAGCAGGAAGUCACUCGACACCAGAAGUCACAGGAAGAGAAUGAGAACAGAUUACAACAAGUUAAUCAAAGAUUAGUUCAAGCACAGACAGAACUAGCAGCAAAACAAAACGAAGUGGCUGAAUUACAAAAUACGCUGCAAAAAUUAGAAAAUAAUUGGAAGGUCAGUCACACAGAGGUAUCACUGUCAAAGAAAGAGCUAGGCAGAGGAGGCUGGGGUGUGAUCUGGAUAGGAGAGUUCAGAGGACAAAGGGUAGCUGUGAAACAGAUGCAUGAACUGAUUAAAAGUGAUGAAUAUAUGGAGCUCCUUCAUCGAGAGAUCAACACAAUGUCUCAGUUGCGUCAUCCUAAUCUCCUCCAGUUUAUAGGAGCUGUGUUAGACCAUCCAUCAGGUAAUCCUAUGAUUAUCACUGAAGUAAUGGAUACCUCAUUACGGAGUGCCUAUGAGAGGAAGGAGCUUACUACUGAUCCUGGCUGUAGACCAGUGAUUCUAUCUAUAAUGCGUGAUGUAGCUGUGGGUUUAAACUACCUCCACUGUCUACCUGAUCCUAUUAUUCAUCGUGAUGUCAGCAGUGCUAAUGUACUACUGGAAUCAAAGGGAGUCAACAAAUGGAAGACUAAAAUAUCCGACUUUGGAUCCGCUAAAUUCGCUCGUGCAGCAGUUACUGCAGCACCAGGAGCAGCUGUUUAUAGUGCUCCAGAAAGUAUCGCAACAAUUCAUAGAAAGAAGAGAAGGCAAACCCCAAAGAUGGAUUCACAUAGCUACGGUGUUCUCUUGUGUGAAGUGCUGACAUGCCGUUUUCCAGAUGAGGAAAUAUUUGAGGCUUUAUUAAAGCGAGUCAAAGUCAGCUUACCUCAGCUGCAUGAACUCAUAGUUUCGUGUAUCGAUGAAGAACCAGACAAACGACCAACAAUGUCUGAAAUAAUCGUCAAAUUGGAUCGUUGUAUUGCUAAUAAGUAGCACUGACUGUUUCCGAUUACACAUGCAAGUACUUUUACAAUAAUUGUUAAGAACAAUUUAGACUUUAUUAUUUCAUUUUCUAUUCGUUUGCUUUUUCUACUAUUACUUUUAAAUGGUACUAUUAUUGUACUUUUUCUUAAAAUGCUAUUCUAUUUUAACUUUUACAGCUAAA